ACCGCGAAUAAAGGAUCCAGGACUAUUGCCAGGAAUACUUUUUUGGAGAUAAAUUGUCUAACAACUAAUAAUUGUAACACAAUUGAAUUAUCUGAGAAUAAAGAAGAAAGUCUUAACCAGAGGAUGUAUGCCGAAUAUGUCUAUUGAAACAGUUGGAUGCGUAUGGGAUAAAGAAACGUGGCGUUGAUGUAGUCUGGUGUGGCGCUGUACAGAAUUAGAAAACAGUAACAACAGCACCAUCUUUUCUCAAAAAGCCUAAGAAUGUCUUGAAAGAAAGCUUAGUUGAUGGUUUAUGUAGAACCAAUUUUUAUAUUUGUGCAGUGAAAUGACUGAAUAUGCAUGGUCGGAGACUCGGACGUCUCCUCUAAAUAACUAGGUUAUUGUUGUCCUCAAAAAGUAUUUUUAAGUAUUUUUUUUUGCUAUGUCAGGCUACAAUUCUCAAUCAAACGAGGAUCGACGUAGAAGAGACGGAUAUUAAAGUCAACACAGGACUGAUAUACCGUAAACUCAUCUAUAUGGUGUGGUAUUAAAUAUUUUCAAGGAGUUGCCGACUCGUAGCCAAGUCAUGGUGGUGGAGCGGACACUUCUCGCCGCAAGGCAGGGGGAUGUAAAAACUCUGAAAGUGCAAUUAGCGGAAAAUGUACUGAAUGGUGAUGUAAAGGACCUUCUGGGUGCCUCACCCGUACAUCAUGCUGCCCGGGCUGGGAAACUGACAUGCGUAAGGUACCUAGUUGAAGAAGCUGGUCUACCGGGGAACAGCUUGGCAAAUAAUGGAGCAAGCCCCGCACACGACGCUGCUGCUACUGGUAACUUGGCCUGCCUGCAGUGGCUCUUAACACAAGGUGGAUGCUGUGCCGUGGAUAGGGACAGUUCUGGAGCCACUGUUCUCCAUCUUGCAUCCCGUUUUAGCCACCACGAGAUCACUGAUUGGCUACUGAAGAGUGGGGAGGCAGACCCCGGGGUUGCCACGGACACUGGGGCCCUUCCUGUCCACUAUGCUGCUGCCAAGGGAGACCUUCCCUCCUUAAGACUACUAUUGGGACACAGCCCAAAUGUUGUCAACUCCCAAACAAAGAAUGGUGCCACACCCCUGUACCUGGCCUGCCAGGAGGGGCACCUUGAGGUUGUCCAGUACCUGGUGAAGGACUGUGGGGCAGAGCCCAGCAUAAGAGCCAAUGAUGGAAUGACACCUCUACAUGCUGCAGCCCAGAUGGGCCAUAACACAGUAAUCGUCUGGCUGAUGAGCUUCACAGAUAUCAGCCUGGCAGACAGGGACAGUGACGGUGCCACAGCCAUGCACUUUGCUGCCAGCCGUGGCCAUGCCAAGGUGCUCAGCUGGCUGCUGCUGCACGGGGGAGAGAUCAUCACAGACAGCUGGGGCGGGACUCCUCUACACGAUGCUUCUGAGAACGGGGAACUGGAGUGCUGUCAGAUCUUAGUGGUGAACGGAGUGGACCUGGGCAUCAGGGACCAGGAUGGCUUCUCAGCAGCUGACUUAGCAGAGUACAACGGCCAUGGCCAGUGUGCCAAGUACCUGCGUACAGUAGAGAACAUGCUCAUGAAACCGAUGAUGAAACAACACAUUAAGAAUGUGGAAACUAGUAACAAUGGGCUGAGUGUGGAGCAUCGUGUGCUGUCAAGGGACCCCUCAGCCGACCUGGAGUACAACAAGCAGCCUGACUCUGGGCUUUCCUCUCCCAAUAACACCAUGCCCCCCUCAGUCCAGCCCGCACACUUUGACAUCGGCUCACCCUCUAGCACCCUGUCCAACUACGACUCGGCCAACUCCAGCCAGUCCAGCACAGGCGAGAAGAGGAGUGGCUCGCCCCCCUCACAACCCCCUGAAGGACAGUCAGAAUCGGCCAUCACAGAUAUGCAGACCUACAUGGACAUGCUAAACCCAGACACUCCCAAAAAGGAGCAACAGACUAGCUCCACCCAGGCACAGCUUCCUCCCCCUCCAUCUUUCCCUCCUCCACCUCCUCCCGACGACCACAAAAUCCUGCCUCCCCCACCUGGCUACCCAGCCCCCCAGCCACCCGAGGAGCAGGUUUCUGCUGACAUCUACCUGAAGGUGAAGAGCAACCUGAGGCACGUGGAGAGUGACGCUGCUAAGGAGCAGCUGAUCCCAGGUGAGAACCCAGACAAACUGCGCCGGGUUGAUUCAAACAGGAGGUCCAGAAGCUUCAGCAAACAGCCCAGCACUGGGGACUACUAUAAAGCCCUUGGUAGUGACACCACGGAACACCGUGGGAGUAGAAGCAUGGCACCCAAUGAGGAGGGUUCUCUAUUAUUGGAGGAACCCACAGAAAGCCCAGCCCCCAGCCCUGAAAAUGGUACUGCAGAGGAGUUGGUCCCUCCUCCUCCUCCUCCCCCACCACCACUUCCUGCUAGCAAUCCAACCCCAGCACCCCCUCCUCCCCCUCCACUACCCUCGGAAAUGACCACACAUCACUACUCUUCCGCAAACAACACCAAUCAGCGACGACUGUCAUCUUCAUCAGGAAGCACAAAGUCCUUCAACAUGAUGUCCCCCACUGGAGACAACUCGGAACUGCUGGCCGAGAUAAAAGCAGGAAAGAGCUUGAAGCCCACACCUCACACUAAAGGAUACACCACUGUCUUCUCCAACAGCGGUCCUCCUGGGAACAACGGUGGUAGCACUCCGUCCCCACCAGAGACCCGCACGGCCAGCCCUUCCACCAAGCCGUCAUCACCCCCUCCAUCCACCACCAACAUAACGACCCCACCUAAAACACCCAGCCCAGUGGGCCCUGCCAUGCCCAGGACCCUCUCCAGCUCCAUGAGCUACGAGCAGCUGCCGUCGUCAGCAGUCCUGAAUGGGACAAGCGGUGGGGCAGAGGCAGGACUGGGCCAGCCCCGGAAGACCAGCCUAGUGGAUGUGGAAGCGUUGGUCCCUACCCACGAUGAACAGGGCAGAGCAAUCCCUGAGUGGAAGAGGCAGGUGAUGGUGCGCAAACUGCAGGUCAAGAUGCAAGAGGAGGAAGAACACAAGCGCAAGGUUGAUGAGGAGGCGGCCCGACUGGCAUCCAUGCCUGCAUGGCGGAGGGACAUCAUGAAGAAGAAACUUGAUGAUGAGAAGGAACAAAAGAGAAAAGAACAUGAGCAAGCGAAAAUGGCCAAGGAAUCUGAGGAGAAGACAGAGCUUGAGCGAAUACGGACCCUGGGUUAUGACGAGACCAAGUUGGCACCGUGGCAACGACAGAUCAUCCUAAAGAAAGGGGACAUAGCAAAACAGUAGAACACCCUCUCAAGCUUGUAAACCCCUCCAUACUCCCUACCAUCAUUUCCCAAGCCCUGCGCCUUCAUCAAUCAUCCCUCCCCCAUGCUAGUGGGGGGAAUGCAUAGGCCUCUCCAUUCCAACCAUAGCUAAUCAGGACCAUGCUACGGUUGCCACUACUAUGCAUGCUUUGCAGCUUGGCCAGCCUGACAGAGCUGGACCCCCAUGAUGGUCUUCUGGACACACUAUUUAUAGGAUAUUGUUAGUUGUGUCUGAUUCAAAGGACUACAUUAACAUGUUGAAUAGAUGCUCCCCUUUUUUCUUUGCUAAAAUCAUACUUAUCCAAACUGUAUGAAUAUCCUUAGUGUUUAAUCAUAUCAAGGUACACUAUUAGCUUUACCUACUUGAUGUUAUUUUACAUGGUCAUAGGUUAUUACAUUUCUACACAUUACCACAUAUUAGCACAAUUUUGUAUACCAGGUGGAUAGUUGGAACAGAACAAGAAUUUUAGUUUUUAACUACCAUUGUCUAGAGAUAAAAUAAAUGUUUCAUGGUUCCUUAUCAUCUGUCACACACACACACUAAUAAAUUGUGAACUGAAAGGAGUUCUAGUUUAUGUUUGUUUGGAAAGUGUCAUGGUAAACAGGCUUACUAGGCAAAAUCUGCUGCAGGUGUUGUAUUGUUAUUUUAUAAUGUAGAAAGUUGCAACCGGGACACUGCCAUAGAGAUUUCUAUCUAUGGUCUCAACAUAAAAGCUAUUUCUUAUUUAGCUUGUGUAGCACUGUCUGAAUGAUCUCUAGUCUAAACUGCCAGAAAUUGUAUGUUUUGAAAGGUCUAAACACAUCCAGAAAUAAUUUAUGGGGCUCCUUUUUAUAGUCAUUCUCUGAAAAUGUCAAACGUCUCUUGUAACUAUGAAAUAGUUGAGGUUCAUUUGACUUCUAUCAAACUUUGUCUCAUUUUGAAUUAAUCAAAUUGAGCAAAUAGCCCAUUUAUAUUUUUCAAUUAAUUUCUUUAGAUGUUAAGUUAUUUUGACCAUUGUGAAUGUUGUGCGUUUUGUGUCUUAUGGAUAUCAAAUGUAUUGUUCCGAAAGUAAAGUCCAAUACUCUCAAGGGAAUUUAUGACUUCCUAAUAUGCCAAGGAGAGACGAUAUGUUUUAAAUCGACAAUAGAAUUCAGCGAGAAGAACGGAAUUUAUUGGAUGUGUGAACAAUUAAAUCAUAAAAGAACACAUGGCACAAUGAGUAUUGCAAAAAAAACAGAAAAUAAAUCAAUGACUCUGUGUCUAUUCUGGUUCGUCCCGUUAACUCAGGGUGUAAAUCUUUGAUGUGCAGAUCCCAUUCCUGGUUGAGUGCUUUCUGUCUGAGAGUACUGACAUUCUGAAUACUCUGUGGAUCAUGCAGCGGUGUGGUAUAGACUCUUAGAGAGCUACUAGGUGUGCAGACAGUUUUUCCAGUCCAAAACUAAUACCAGCCUAAUUGUUGUGGGAACAAACUUUCAGAAACAUCGCAUGUCAUAUUUGGGAUAUUUUAGAACUGAUCAUAGACACAUUUAAGGUCUGUAGAGAAUAGAUUGUGCACUGUAAUGUUGUGUCUAGGUUGUUGGACCUUGGGACGUGUAAAACACAUGGUCCUUUCCGAGUAAUUAUUUGGAAAUAUUUUAAUUCACUUCAUUGGAUGCCAUAUUGAUGUUUAAAUUAAAAAGCUAUGUUGAUGUCAUUGCCAUUAGAAGAUUUUCUAUACAUAAACUGUACAUAGUAACCCUCAAUACUUGUCCAUUGUUCCAAUAUUAGCCUACAUGAUAAUACAGUUAUGAGCCUUGCUUACAUAGAACGUCGGUUCAUUAAUGUCCAAUAUUUUCAGACUGUCAAAUGGAAUUAAA